AUGGUCAACCCGCAGUACCCGACAAAGGCAAAGGCCAAGGGCCCCGACGACGACCUCAAGAAGCUCGAAGACGACAACCGCGUGUGCACCGCCAUCCGCAAGCUGCCCCAGACGCCCGAGGGCACCAUCCGCCUCUUUGACCGCUCCGACUUCUACUGCGCCUACGGCGCCGACGCCCUCUACGUCGCGACGCACCACUACAAGACGCUCACCUCGGUCAAGCGCCUCGGCUCGCCGACCGCGACCGACCCCGAGGGCCUCGCGUCCGUCACCCUGUCGCACGCCGUCGCCCAGUCGUUCCUCCGCGACGCCCUCACGGCCAAGCAGCUCCGCGUCGAGAUCUGGGAGCCCGAGUCGGGCGGCGUCGGCCGCGGCGCGACAAAAUGGCGCCUCGCAAAGGCGGCGAGCCCGGGCAACCUCGGCCCGCUCGAGGACCUCCUGUUCGCCCACACCGACCUCCUCGCGAGCCCGGUGCUCGUCGCCAUCCGCGUCCAGGUCAAGGACGGCGUCAAGACGGUCGGCGUCGCGUACGCCGACGUGAGCGCGAGGGAGAUGGGCGUCGCCGAGUUCGUCGACAACGACCUGUUCAGCAACACCGAGGCCCUCCUCAUCCAGCUCGGCGUCAAGGAGGCGCUCGUCGUCGACCAGGACAAGGCGCUCGACUACGACCUGAGCAAGCUCAACUCCCUGCUGCAGCGCUGCGGCAUCGUCAUCACGCCGCGCAAGAAGAGCGAGUUUACCAAGGGCGACGUCGAGCAGGACUUGAACCGCCUCCUGCGCAGCUCGCUCCUCAUGGCCACGCGGCCCGAGUUCGACCAGCGCGUCGCCAUGUCGUCCAUGUCGGCCAUCGUCAGCUACUCGGCCCUCAUGGCCGACUCGGCCAACUUUGGCGCCUACAACCUCAAGACGCACGACUUGAGCAUGUACAUGCGCCUCGACGCGAGCGCCGUCCGGGCCCUGAACCUCAUGCCCGACCCGACCGGCCUCGGCGGCUCGACCAAGACGAUGUCGGUCUUUGGCCUUCUCAACCGGUGCAAGACGGCGCAGGGCACUCGCCUCCUCGCCCAAUGGCUCAAGCAGCCGCUCGUCAACCGUCACGUCAUCCUUCAGCGGCAGGACCUCGUCGAGUGCCUGUGUACCAAGGACGAGUUCCGCCAGGCGCUGACGGACGACUUCCUCAAGAGCAUGCCCGACUUUCACCGCAUCAGCAAGCGCUUCCAGAAGGGCGCCGCCUCGCUCGAGGACGUCGUGCGCGUGUACCAGGCCGUGCUCCUCCUCCCCGGGCUCGUCACGUGCCUCGAGACGGGCGUCGAGGCGCCGCAGGACGACCAGGACGGCGACGCUGAGAUGGGCGACGGCGAGAAGGACGAGGGCGCCGAGGGUGGAGGAGAGAAGCGGUGGAGGGGUUUGAUCGACGAGCUCUGGCUCGCUCAGCUGCAGGAGCACACGGCGUCGCUCGUCACGUACCAGGAGAUGGUCGAGACGACCAUCGACCUCUCCGAGCUCUCGCGCCACAACUUUGCCAUCAAGGCCGACUUUGACGAGGGCCUCAAGGACCUGCACGCCCAGCUCGAGGGCGUCCGGGACCAGCUCGACGUCGAGCACCACCGCGUCGCCGACGACCUCGAGAUGGACACCGACGGCAAGGUCCUCCACUUUGAGCACAACGCGCUCUACGGGCACUGCUUCCGCCUCACGCGCAAGGAGGCGACGGCGAUCAAGAACAAGAAGGGCUACAUCGAGCUCAAGUCGCAGACCAACGGCGUCCACUUUACGACCAAGCCGCUCAAGGGCCUCAACGAGGAGCACCGCAACAUCCAGAAGGCGUACGAGAAGAAGCAGAGCGGGCUCGUCAAGGACGUCAUCGGCAUCGCGGCGUCGUACUGCGAGGUCCUCGAGGCGCUCAACACGGUCCUCGCGCACGUCGACGUGAUCGCCAGCCUCGCCAACUCGGCCCUCGUCGCGCCCAUCCCGUACGUCAAGCCGACCGUGUUUGAGCGCGGCGCCGGCAGCCUCAAGCUCGACGAGGCGCGCCACCCGUGCCUCGAGGUGCAGGAGGGCAUCGACUUUAUCGCCAACGACGUCCACCUCGAGCGCGACACGAGCGAGUUCUGCAUCAUCACGGGCCCGAACGCCGGCGGCAAGUCGGUCUUCAUCCGCCAGACGGCCCUCAUCGCCCUCCUCGCCCAGAUCGGCGCCUUUGUCCCGUGCGCGAGCGCCGAGGUGCCCAUCUUCGACUCGGUCCUGUGCCGCGUCGGCGCCGGCGACUCGCAGCUCAAGGGCGUGUCGACCUUCAUGGCCGAGAUGCUCGAGACGAGCGCCAUCCUCCGCCAGGCGUCGCGCGACAGCCUCGUCAUCAUCGACGAGCUCGGGCGCGGCACGUCGACGUACGACGGCUUCGGCCUCGCGUGGGCCAUCUCGGAACACCUGUCGACCGUCACGCGCGCCUCGGUCCUGUUCGCCACCCACUUCCACGAGCUCACGGCGCUCGCCAACGAAGUCGCCCACGUCCAGAACCUGCACGUCGAGGCGCACGUCGAGGCCAACCCCAACACGCUCACCGGCCGCGACAUCACGCUCCUGUACAAGGUCCUGCCCGGCGUGUGCGACCAGAGCUUCGGCAUCCACGUCGCCGAGCUCGCCAACUUUCCCGAGGAGGUCGUCAAGCUCGCCAAGCGCAAGGCCGACGACCUCGAGGACUUUGGCUCGCAGCCCGCGCCGACCGACGACACCGACACUCGCAUGGCCGCCCCUCGUGCCCCGCCUCCCUCUGCGCUGCUCCCCGCCGAGGAGAUCGCCGCCGGUACGGCGCUCGUCGAGGCGUUCCUCGACUCAUGGGCCGUGGCGACCAAGGCGCUCCCUGCCGCCGACCCGGACGCGAGGGUCGACGCCGAGCUCGAGGCGCUCAAGGGCGUCUAUGAGGAGUACCGCGAGCGGCUCGAGGCGAGCGAGUGGGCGAGGGAGGUGCUCGCGAGGACCUACUGA